AUGGAGCCUGGCCUGCAUGAGCCGGCUUCAGGGGGCAGCACAACCUUCCUCGGCCGGUCAGAGUAUAUACGGGGCGAGGUGCCUAUCAACGAAGACCGGGCAAAGGCCUACCCGGCCGUUGCUACGGAGAGUCUGAUGGAGGAGGACAUCCAGAUACUGCAGCUGCAGCAUGCGUUCGACCUCCCGCCUCGCGCCGUCAGGGAUGGUCUCAUCGAUACGUUUAUGAAGAGAUGCGCUCCAUGGAUGCCUAUAGUGGAGAGGAGCUGGCUCAUGGAGCGUCGGGAUAGCCAGCCAUCCAUCCUGCUCCUCCAGGCGGUCUUCCUCGCCGCCAGCCGGGUAUCCUCUGCCCCCGCUGUCACGGCCUACGCCUCGUCCAACGAGUUUUACCGUCGAGCAAAGGCCCUGUUCUGGUCCGGGUACGAGAAGAAUACCAUCACCGUCAUCACUGCCGUGUGUAUCCUGCACUGGUACAACCCCGAAGGUCCCGAGCAUGUUUCCAUUAAUACCAGCGGGUUCUGGAGUCGGAUCGGAGUUGGCCUGGCAUAUCAGAUCGGGCUACACAAGGAGCCUCCGCCGGGCCGUGAGGCACCCUUGCGGCGGAGACUGUGGUGGACACUCUACGCUCGAGACUGCUUGAUAUCCGCCAGCCAUGGCCGGCCGCGGGCAAUCAAUACCGAGGACAACGAUGUCCGGCCACUCACUCCUGAAGACUUCUACGGAUGCGGAGCCGACGAUGCUCUGUUCCUCGCCCAUGUCGAGGUGUCUUCGCUUCUGGGCGACGUCACCCAGGCCUGCUGUCGCCGGACGCUGACACGGCCUAAACGAACCGCCAUCGAAAACGCCAUCUACAGAUGGUCGAGGGAACUACCAGAGCAGCUCCGUCUCUUCCAGCGAGUCCUGCCUCCAGAAGGAUCAACGGCGUCCAAGCUGGUGCUCAUGCCCUACCACUUCGAAGCACGACAGCUGCACGUCACUUACUUUGUCGUGCUCGCCAUUCUCUACCGGGCCUCCUCCCCAGGCACCAUCCCCUCGGCAGCAGCCAUCCUCGCCUCUUCCUUCGUCGCCGGCAUCUUCGAAGACUUCCUUGCAAGAGACGAGAUCCGGUUCCUCGGCCCCAUAUUCACAUUCUACCUGCUUGCGUCGGGCGUCGGGCUGGCCUCGUGCUACUCCUACCCUCACCUCUGGGAGCGAGCCCAGCAGGACCUGCGAAUAAUAUGCAGUUCUCUCAGGGAGCUGUCGAAACGCUGGCCCUCUGCCAUCGGCAGCCUCAAGGCCCUGCAGAGCAUGAUCGACGAGACUGCAAAGGCUGCUCGGCCCUCUGAGCGACCCCAACCUACUCCACUUACCAGCGAUCAACAGGCAACCUUCUGCGGCUUUGGCACCGAUCUAUGCCGGCUUGGAGACGUCAUGCUCGCCCAUUACCCGCACGACAUCGUCGACUCGGGCAGACAGGAAGACGACCAGUAUGCCAGGACGGUAUCUGACAUGAUGACCGCAGGGAUACUCGCCGAGCUGAAAACACCGAUGGACUCUGCCUCGGCCCCCGUCGACGAAUAUCUGCCUCUCGCGUCGGUGAUAGACCACAAUACCCAGCUUGCCUUUGGGGUGGAGGAGCCUACCUCCAUCAUCCCAGACGAGGUCCUCUACGGCCAGUACGAGGGCAUCGGCAACUGGCUGCUCCGAGGCUGGGACUGCACAGCCGAGGUUCCCUGGCAUUAG